UGCGCCUUUGCCUCGGCCGGCGCUCCCGCCACGACCACCGGCUACCAGCCCGCGGGCUGCGCGGGGACUCGGCCGGCCAACCCCUCGGCCUACUCGGCAGCUUAUGCGGGCCCCGACGGCGCGUAUCCUCAGGGCGCAGGCGGCGCGCUCUUCGCCGCGACUAGCCGCCUGGCAGCCGCCGGCUCGCCCCCAGCGGGUGGAGGUGGGGGCGGCGUCGAGGGCACAGUGGACUUCUAUGGGCGCACAUCACCCGCUCAGUUCGGAGCGCUGGGGCCCUGCUACAAUCCUGGCGGGCAGCUGGGGGCGGCAGUGGAGGCUCCUACCACGCUCGGCAUGCGGCCGCCUAUCCUGGCGGGGUGGAUCGCUUGGGCGACACGCGAGGCUGGGCGAGGGGGGCUUCGUAGCGAAGAGGUGAGAUUAUGCCGAAAGCGAGAGGCGCGCCAGGAACGCAAGAAAGCUACGGGGCGAAACCGUGUGUACAGCGAGAGGAAAAGAGACCCGCGAGGAUCAAGGCGUUGA